AUGUACGUGAAGAUAGAAACUUCAAGACUAGAUUAUUUUCGCUGCAAUCAACAACACAUUCGAUCUGAAUUAUAUCAAGGUAUUGUUGAUAGCAUCGAUCUUGGAGAAACAAAUGCUUCUAGAAUUGGCAAGCGUAUAAUUUUGCCUUCAUCUUUUAUUGGAGGCCCAAGAGAUAUGAAGAAAAGAUAUAUGGAAGCAAUGACUUUAGUUCAACGAUAUGGCAAACCAGAUAUUUUUUUGACAAUGACCUGCAAUCCGAACUGGAAAGAGAUUUCAAAUGAAUUGCAACCACAUGAAGAAACUCAAAAUCGGCCUGACUUAAUUGCUCGAGUUUUUAAAGCAAAAUUAGAAGACCUGAAGUAUCAAUUAUUCAAGCAAGAAAUAUUUGGAAAAAUCUCAGCAUAUGUAUAUGUUAUUGAACACCAAAAGAGAGGACUUCCACAUGCUCAUUUUCUGAUUAUAUUGCAUCAAGAUUGGAAAUUAUAUACACCAGAAUCUUUUGAUGAGAUCGUAUCUGCUGAAUUACCUGACAAAGACAACAACUUACAUCUUUAUACAGCUGUUAUCAAACAUAUGAUGCAUGGACCAUGCGGAGAUCUAAAUCCAGCAAAUAUAUGCAUGAAAAAAAAUGGUUGUUGCAAAAAUAAUUACCCAAAACAUUUUGUUUCAAACACUGUUAUUGGAAAUGAUUGCUUUCCGAUAUACAGACGCUCCAACAAUGGAAGAACAGCCAGAAUUAGAGGCCAUGAUUUGGAUAAUCGUUGGGUUGUUCCAUAUAUGUGA